CAGGCAGAAAGUUCGCCGUUCCAGUGCGCAAAGAGCACCAAGCCGUGGGAGCCGGACACGUCGCCGCGGACGUGCCUCGGGAGCGAGGGGUCCGACCCCCCGCAGGUGGUCUCCAUCGCCUUCCGCAUCUGGCUCGUCCGCAAUGUAGAUCUGGUCAACGCCACCUUCGAGUGUAAGUUUCGGGUGUUCCUCGAGUGGCUUGACAAGUCGGCCAUUGGUCUGCCCAAGGGGAAGAAGGCAAAGCUCCCCGUCCCGGAGAUCGCCAUCACGAACGCUGUUAUGUCCCAAGUGCUGGACAGGAGCUCCGCGCCAGAGGUGGUGAACCCAGAGUCGGGGCACCUGGCGGCGCAGGC